AUGGCGGAGGCGGCGGAGGCGGCGGAGGGGCCGGGGCGGCGCGGGAAGAGAACGGGCACCGAGCCCGGCACCGGGGAACCGGCCGAGACCGAGCGGGCCGCGCGGCGCCGGCGGAGCUUCCAGCCGUCGGCGGACAUGCAGGGAACCACUGUCCUGCACGACACCAUCAGCGCCCGCCCGCAGCCGCUGCCAGCACGGUACUUCGACACCAAGACCACGGAGCCCAUCAGCUUCUUCUUGUCCGGCCUGGAGGAGCUGCUGGCCUGGCAGCCCAACAGCGACGAUGAGUUCAAUGUGUCAGCCGUGCCUCUGGCCAGGCGGCAGCCCCCGCUGCAGAGCAGGCGGCCCCGCACGCUGGUGUGCCACGACAUGCGAGGUGGCUACCUGGAGGACAGGUUCAUCCAGGGCUCGGCCACACGCAAUCCCUACGUCUUCUACCACUGGCGCUACAUCGACAUCUUCGUCUACUUCAGCCACCACACCGUGACCAUCCCGCCCGUGGUCUGGACCAACGCAGCGCACCGGAACAGCGUCCCCGUGCUGGGCACGUUCAUCACGGAGUGGACGGAUGGGGAGAAGCUGUGCGAGGCGUUCCUGGCCGGCGGCGAGGAGGCGUUCGGCGCGGUGGCCGAGCAGCUGGCCCGCAUUGCCCAGCGCUUCCGCUUCGACGGCUGGCUGGUCAACAUCGAGAACAAGCUGAGCGCGGCAGCCGUGGGCAACCUGCCGCUGUUCCUGCGGGAGCUGACGGCACGGGUGCACAGCGCCGUGCCGGGGGGACUGGUGAUCUGGUACGACAGCGUGCUGAAGGAUGGCACGCUGAGCUGGCAGAACGAGCUGAACGAUCAGAAUAGGGUGUUCUUUGAUGCCUGUGACGGGCUGUUCACCAACUACAACUGGAAGGAGGAGCAGCUGGAGCGUACGCAGAGACUGGCGGGUCCACGCCUCAACGACGUCUAUGUUGGCGUUGAUGUCUUUGCCCGUGGGGAUGUGAUUGGUGGUGGCUUCGACACUGGCAAGUCGCUGCGCCUGAUCCGGCAGUUCGGCCUCUCCGCAGCCAUCUUCGCUCCUGGCUGGGUCUACGAGCAGCUGGGGAAGGAAAACUUCCUGCAGAACGAGAACAGGUUCUGGGGCUCGCUGGCUGAGUACCUGCCCACGCACAGCAUUUGCACACUGCCCCUCACUACCUCCUUCUGCCUGGGCAUGGGCACCAGCACAUUCCUGGACGGGAAGGAUGAAGAGUCUGGGCCGUGGUACGACCUGAGCGCGCAGGACAUCCAGCCACUGUACCCCGAGCAGCAGGGCACGCUGAGUGCCAGCUGCUGCCUGCAGGAUGCCUGGAGUGGAGGCAGCUCCCUGCAGCUGCAGGGCACAAUUCCCCCUGGCGAGGAGCGCGUGGCUGUCCGCCUCUUCUCUUUGCAGAUGCCAGCCCCCCCCAAGCUCUUCCUGACCCUGCUGUACAAGCUGGAGGGGCCACAGCCCGAUGACUUUACAGUGGCACUGGAGGUCACCACCUGGGACUCGGGGAUCUGCUUCGAGGGCAACCCCACCUCCCUGCCCGAGCCCAACGGCCGGUACCACCCCCGGUUCCUGCCGGCGCCGCCGCCCUUCCUGGCCAAGCUGCUCGCCGCCUGCCACCGCGGCUCCCGCGGCUGGACCAGCCGGUGCUACGAGCUGGAGCUGCAGGACUGCAGCCUACGAGACCUGUCCUUGAUCGUGUCGCGCCAGCAGCCCAGCCUGCAGGAGACACCCUUCAGCUGCCUGCUCGGGGAGAUCCGGGUGCUGGACACGGCCAGCGUGGCGGCGUCCCCGCCGCAGGUGCUCGGCGUGGAGGCCUCGCAGCUCUGGUGGCAGGAGGGCCCCGAGCCCGAGCAGCUCUCGCUCAGCCUCACCCUGCGCUGGGCCUUCCCCCCGGGCCGUGCCCGCUGGUUCCGCGUGCUGAGCCAGGGCGCGCGGUGCCGCCGGGGGCAGACGGCGCCGCAGCUGCUGGGGCUGGCGCAGGGCUGCCUGUUCCGCGCCGUGGGGCUGCCGCUGCCGCGGCCCGCGCCGGGACAGUCCUGCCGCCUGGAGCUGCUGGUGGAACCCGUGCUGCAGGACGAGCUGCCCGUGGACCCCGAGCGCUGGGGCCGCCUGGUGCUGGUCUACUCUGCCCCAGGCAACGGCACCGCCCCAGACGGGCAUUAAAGCACUGUGGCGCAGC